AGAGUCUCGCUCUGUCGCCCAGGCUGGAGUGCAGUGGCGCGAUCUCCGCUGACUGCAACCUCCGCCUCCCGGGUUCACGCCAUUCUUCUGCCUCAGCCUCCGGAGUAGCUGGGAGUAUAGGCACCCGCCACCACGCCCGGUUAAUUUAUUCUAUUUUUAGUAGAGACUGGGUUUCACCGUGUUAGCCAGGAUGGUCUCGAUCUCCUGACCUCGUAAUCUGCCCGACUCGGCCUCCCAAAGUGCUGGGAUUACAGGCAUGAGCCACUAUGCCCGGCCAGAAGUUUUUGCUUUUAAUUGCCCAGGGCCACUCCUAAGAAAUAACAGUCUCUGAAGGGUAGAUAAGGUAGUGCUACCAAGAGAAGCGUUACUCAGCAAGCCUUCAAAAAUAUAAAAAUAACUUACUGUUUCUGAAAGUUUGCAAGUUUUUCUUAUUCAACCCCAUCCUAUGGAAAUAUACCAGUUGGAAUAAGCAACUACAGAACCACAUAGGACGGCACUACUAGAAAAAUAGAUUAAAUCUUUAUCCUGGCAAUGAGUCUAACACAUUUAUCAUUGUUGUGAAUUUUAAAAGGUGUAGCAGGCCAGGCGCGGUGAGCCACCGCGCCAGGCCUGAUCAUAAACACUUUUAAAGUGAAGAGGCUUUCCGCUUCCUCAACAUAAGGAGUAAAUCUUUCAUGCUGCUUCUAGGAAAAAAAGUACAAGAAAAGCAAGACUUCCUCGUUGCCUUCUCUUUAAAAAGCAACAGCCGAUGAACACGUGUUGGAGCGCUCUCGCCUUGACAGAAUUAGAGAUCUUCAGAAUCACUUGGCGUGGUGGUCAAAGCGUCUAGCCCUAGCUCAUUAGGGUGCCACAGUUUCUCGGCCCACAAGUCAGCUUUUAACCACUUUUCUCCGCAAAAGGCCGGACCGGUCUUCAUGCGUUAACUAAAGCAAGCGUCUGGUCCCGUGUGUGAAACGUGUAAGUUCAUGGCAUCAGGGAAUACCCAUCGCGCGUACCGUAAUAGAAGAGGGCGAGGUUCCUCACCUAACCCAUAAUGCUCAGCUCGCCUUUCCGGAAGCAAGGACUAUCACCCCGACAAUGCCUUCAUCCGGGCGGAAGCGUCUCACCCUGAGUCUGAUUUGGCAGUGACGAAGCGAGGUAUUGUGGGACUUUGUCCGUCUCCCAGUACGCAUGUGCCUCAGCCGGCCUCUCCCGGCUCCUGGGGCCACGUCCGGGCGGUGGCGUCGUCGAGAGAUGCACGUCAGCGAAACUGGCCAAUCCCCUGCAUGCGCAAGCGCAGUGGCUCGGGCGCACCGGAAGCGCAGGGGGAUGGGGCGGCGGUGACGCGAUUCUGUCCGCGUUGGAGGGGCCGGGCCGCUGCUGGAGUCGCCGCGGCCGCCGCGUGACGUGGCACAGCCAGAGCCUAAAGGCUAGAGCCGGAGCUGCCGCGCCAGUCGCCUAGCAGGUCCUCUACCGGCUUAUUCCUGUGCCGGAUCUUCAUCGGCACAGGGGCCACCGAGACGUUUCUGCCUCCCUCUUUCUUCCUCCGCUCUUUCUCUUCCCUCUCGUUUAGUUUGCCUGGGAGCUUGAAAGGAGAAAGCACGGGGUCGCCCCAAACCCCUUCUGCUUCUGCCCAUCACAAGUGCCACUACCGACAUGGGCCUCACUAUCUCCUCCCUCUUCUCCCGACUAUUUGGCAAGAAGCAGAUGCGCAUUUUGAUGGUUGGAUUGGAUGCUGCUGGCAAGACAACCAUUCUGUAUAAACUGAAGUUAGGGGAGAUAGUCACCACCAUUCCUACCAUUGGUUUUAAUGUGGAAACAGUAGAAUAUAAGAACAUUUGUUUCACAGUAUGGGAUGUUGGUGGUCAAGAUAGAAUUAGGCCUCUCUGGAAGCAUUACUUCCAGAAUACCCAGGGUCUUAUUUUUGUGGUAGAUAGCAAUGAUCGUGAAAGAAUUCAGGAAGUAGCAGAUGAGCUGCAGAAAAUGCUUCUGGUAGAUGAGUUGAGAGAUGCAGUGCUGCUACUUUUUGCAAACAAACAGGAUUUGCCAAAUGCUAUGGCCAUCAGUGAAAUGACAGAUAAACUAGGGCUUCAGUCUCUUCGUAACAGAACAUGGUAUGUUCAAGCCACUUGUGCAACACAAGGAACUGGUCUGUAUGAAGGACUUGACUGGCUGUCAAAUGAGCUUUCAAAACGUUAAAUGAAAUUGGAUAUCUAACCAAGGACAUGUUUGAUAAAAUUGGUCUAGGCUUGUUACAACAAAAUUAGUUUGUAUCUUGGUUAUUAAACAGUAUCUGGGACUGGUUUGGGCAGAAUAUUAAACUUAUUUUGUUGCCAAUUAUUGUUUACCGAGUAUAAUGUUGCUAUUUAGCAAUGUGCUUGGUUUUAAAGAAAUUCUCCUUGGGAAAAAAGUAUCCUCUUUUAAUUUUACUUCCCAUAAGCGUAAAUGCCUGGACAUAGCUCUUGUGAAACCUUUAAAUAAAUUGUUUUGAGUGUUUUUUGAGCCCCAGACAAAUAAUGUUUUAAAGUUAUCCCCUUGCUACUUUACUGAUACCUUUAUCAUUCCUAAGACAGUUUGCUAAUUUAAAAAUGUAGCAUUCCAUUUGUAUUUAUUUCUCUCCCUUGCCAAAAAGAUUUUCUAAUAGUGCUUGUACCAGCCAGAGAAAGAUCCAAAACACUACUCAGCUCUCUUGCACUGAGGAAAUUUUUCCCCCUACAUUGACUCCUGGCCUACAUCAGCCAAACUUAACCUUGGUGGGGUUUGGAUUUGAUAGCCAAUUAGUUCUGUGCUGGUUGCAAAGAAUUGAUAUUUAGAUGGUUUUUAAUACUCAGCAGAUUGUCUUCCUUUAUAUUGUGUCUUUUUUAUGUUGCAUGUUGCUUUUGUUAUCAGCCUGAUUUUUUGCUCAGUAUAUGAUAGUUCUGCUGAUGUUUUGUUUAUUGGGCAGACAUAUCUUCAUUAAGAGUUUUUGGAAAACUCAUCAAAUUCGAUGAAUACAUUUUCUUCAUAACCCAUUUGGAAUUAUUCCUAAUAAAAUGAUAAAAUACGUAA